UUGCCUGCUUAUUUAUUCGUUGUUGGCAAUGUGUAAGAACUCAACACUUACAUACACCCGACCACAUUCAAUACAUUCAAUUUAAAUAAAAUAUAAUAAUAAUGCUCAAGAAAAAGUUACAAUAUAAAAUUACAGCGAAUCCCACACCAAAUAACAGUCACAAUGUUGUGGAUGCCAAUAGCAAUGAGCGGAAUUUACCGCUAAAAGUAUCGCCAUUCUUUGUCCCAUCGUACUGGGAACUAUUUUAUGCCCUGGAGUGUCAGUUGAACGGCUAUUUGAGAUUGCUAAAAGCUCCGGUUGAACUUACACACAUAUACAAUCCUGUCGAGUAUGCUGCCCAAAUACAUUGUGACUAUUUAAAACGUUACCUAAAGGGGCCCAUGAAGGUUUUGUUUAUCGGCAUGAAUCCUGGAGGCGAUGGAAUGGCACAAAAUGGGAUACCAUUUGGCAAUAUUUCCACAGUGCGCGACUCCAUGCAAUUGCAAGGUGUCAUUGUGGAUCCACCACAACAACAUCCGAAACGGCCCAUACAAGGAUUUGAAUGUACUCGCGAAGAACCCAGCGGUAAACGUUUAUGGACUCUAUUUCAAAAGCUUGCCAAUAAUUCGUUGGAAACCUUUUUUCAACAAUGUUUUGUACACAACUUUUGUCCAUUGGCCUUCUUUGAUGCACAGGGUCGAAAUAUAACACCCAGUGAAAUUAAGGGACCCUAUAAAAAAGAACUCCAGGAUACAUGUUUGCGUGCUAUGGAGCAACAAUUACACAUCUUGCAACCUGAUUUUAUUAUAGCUGUAGGUGAUUAUGUCUUUAAGGCUCUACGAAAUUCAGAGUAUUGCAGGGGAAAACGUCUACUGCGCUUAGACCAUCCUAGUCCUCGUUCUUUGAACAACACAAAUUGGCCAGAAAAGGCGGAAACGUUUCUACGGGAGAAUGAUUUAUUGAAAUAUUUACGUAAUGAGGUGGCUGCUGGCCACAUGUAAUUUUUUCAAUCUUUAAUGACUCAAAUGAAUUCCUGUUUUUUAUGUUUAUUGAGCUGUGCUCACCUGAAAUUGAUCUCUUAAUUUAAAAAUGUUAAAAAGUAUUAUUUUUAAAUUUUAUAUGUCUUUUUAUACCACUUCUUUAAUA